AACGUCUCCAUGACGACCGCUUUGGAAAACAUAAGCGCGCCACCGAGAAUCUGGCUUUUGCGGCCAGUUCGUCUUGACCGGGGCCAAAGAACAGUUCACAGGUCAUGGGGUCUGCCCUGAGUGGUGGGAAGGACAAGGUGGAACCUGCCUCUCCUGAGAAGGAAGGAAGUGCCACAGCUGACACAGAAGAAACUCCAUUUGUGACAAAAAGGAGAUGCACAGAUGCAAUUUGUAUAGUACUUUUCAUCGUGUUCCUCAUUCCUCUGAUUGGUCUGCUAAUUUAUUGCAUUCGAUACGGAGACAUUUACCGAAUUCUCAACGGCUACGACAGGUGUGGAAACGUCUGUGGCAAGAUUACCGAACGCAUUGGAGUGGCUCCGAAUGACCCGAAGUUCACCUGUUUUGGCGCCGACAUGACAAAGAGAAAAUAUCUCCUGGUUCGUGGAGCAGGCAUUCGCGACAACGACAAUGAUCAAGGGGCAAAUGUGAACCGAGAAUGUGUGGCUUCUUGCUCAGGAUAUCCAGGAUACCGAGAGUUCUUCACGCGGUGCAUCCCGGAGAAAACGCAGGACCAGGUCAACGUGUUCUUCUCCAAAACCGGCAUUUCGAAUUUUUUCCAGGAAGUUUCCGAGGAUAUGGAUUUAUGCGCGAAGGAAAUUUUGGCCCUCUUCUUCAUUGCCUUAGGAUUUUCUAUCAUUUUAUUGAUUUUGCUCCGAGUAGCAGUUGGAUUGGUGGUGUGGUUCAUGCUUGCAGCUGUCAUUGUCGUCUGUUUCGUGGCUUCGGCUUUCCUUUGGAUUCGUUGGGCUAACCAACGAGACAAAUUAAAAGAAGACUACAGGUACCUGCCGCUAAACCAAAGCGAACUGGAAUUAAAGAACGUCAGGUCGUACCUUGGCUACGCGAUUGCUGCCUCUGUAAUCACAGUCGUUAUUCUGCUGUUGAUUCUGGCCGUGCGAUCGCGGAUAAAGCUGGUGGUGCAGCUUUUCAGAGAGGCGGGAAAGGCCAUUUCUGACAUGCCCACGCUGCUCCUUCUUCCGUGGCUCACUUUUAUUUUCGUCGGGAUUUUUAUCGCUUUCUGGUUCUACCUGGCGCUGUGGAUCGAAAGUUCCGGCAUGCUCACCAGCGAGAACAACGUCAAUUUCAACUACAAGAAGGACGGCGCGAUGAUGGUGACACGGUGGUACAACUUAUUGGCCAUGUUCUGGAUUACGCAGUUUGUCAUCGCUUGUCAGCACAUGUCAGUCGCGGGCGCAGUCUCUUUUUGGUAUUUCUCCAGGAGGAAAUCUGGCUUGUCAAGCCCAGUGGCUAAAAGCAUCAGCCGCACCGUUCGCUUCCACUUGGGCUCCGUGGCCUUUGGGUCGCUGCUGGUAGCGAUCGUGCAAUUUGCCAGGGUAAUCCUGCAGUCGGUGUACAACACUCUGAAGACCGGCGAGGAAAGCACCAUGAAAACUAAUCUGACAAAGGCUUGCGGCUGCUGUUUGGCCAUUUUCGAGAAGUUCCUCUCCUACAUCAACAGAAACGCCUUCGUUGAAAUCGCUCUUAAAUCAACCAACUUUUUGGAGUCCAGCACCAGAGCAAUUUCAGUGAUCGGAAGCAACGCUCUACGGGUUGCAGCCAUCAAUUCUGUGGGCGACUUUGUGCUCUUCUUGGGCAAGGUUGCGGUGACUCUAAGCACCAUGUUGGUUGGGAUUGCGAUGAUUCAGAACAAGGAGGGAGUGCAACACGUCUGGGUGCCCAUCACUCUGGCCUCGAUCUUUGCUUACUUUGUGGCGCACUCUUUCAUGACCAUCUACGAGAUGACGAUCGACACGAUAUUCAUUUGCUUCUGCGAGGAUUGUGAGCAGAACGACGGCGUUGCGAAGCCCUACUUUAUGAGCAGAGCUUUGAUGGAAUUCGUGGACGAAAGCGACCCAAGUAAAAGUCCCGACAAGACGACCAGGCCUUCCUCGGCUAAAACCAUCGAGAACUAACGCGCGUGCAUAUAACGAGUAUAUAGGGAACAAAACAUAUCUGGGAUUUUUAUUUUUGUACAAAAACGUCUUUUGAUUUAGAAAGCGCAAAAACAAGGAUGACACUCGUUUGAGUUUAACAAUUAUCAUGACCAGAAAUCCAAUAAAGUACAAUAAAUGUAAAUGUUUUCAUUUUAGUGUGUAAAUUUUAUUGAAAAAAAUGUGUGUUGCGAGUAUAUCAACCAGUUUUUUGUAAGCACUUUUUGUGGGAAUUCCUUAUUAAUUUUUCCUGCACAUCUAAAUAUUUGUUGUACAAAAAUCAAUACGUUUUUGUAGAUAUUCAAUUAAAAAUAAAGUAUUUUAUAUCAAAA